AUGGCAAACGGACAAAAGAGCCCCAGGUGGGCAUUAACCCAGGGCUCCUUCAGCUUGGCACUGGGCCUGUCGCCCUUCUCCCUCCUCCUCCUCCUCCUCCUCACCGUCUCGGCUGCAGACGAGUACGACUACUACAGCUGGCAGUCGGACAACUUCCACAACGGCCGCUUCUACACUAAGCAGCCCCAGUGUGUGGAGAUACCAGCUGACCUGCGCCUGUGCCACAAUGUGGGCUACAAGAAGAUGAGGCUGCCCAACCUCCUGGAUCACGAGACCAUGCCAGAAGUGAAGCAGCAGGCAGGCAGCUGGGUGCCCCUCCUGGCCAAACGGUGCCAUGCUGAUACCCAGGUCUUCCUGUGCUCUCUGUUUGCACCGGUGUGCCUGGACAGGCCCAUCUAUCCCUGCCGCUCGCUUUGUGAGGCCGUGAGGGACAGUUGUGCUCCGGUGAUGGAGACCUAUGGCUUCCCCUGGCCUGAGAUGCUGACCUGCGAUAAAUUCCCCAUUGAUAACGACCUUUGCAUCCCCAUGCAGUUCACUGGGAACCAAGCGACCCAGCCACCAGUGUCGAAGGUGUGCCCUCCGUGUGACAAUGAGCUGAAAGCAGACAACAUCAUGGAGCAUUACUGUGCCAGUGACUUUGCCCUGAAGAUGAAAAUCAAGGAGGUGAAGAAGGAGAAGGGUGACAGGAAGCUGAUAGCGGCACAGAAAAAGAAGAAAGUGUUGAAACAGGGCGUGCUCAGGAAGAAGGACCUGAAGAAGCUGACGCUGUACAUCAAGAAUGGCGCCAACUGCCCGUGCUCCCAGCUGGACAGCCUGGGCUCCAACUUCCUCAUCAUGGGUCGCAAAGUAGACCAGCAGCUGCUUCUUAUGUCCAUACAUAAGUGGGACAAGAAGAGCAAGGAGCUCAAGUUUGCCAUCAAGUACAUGAAAUCCCAUCAGUGUCCCACCUACCACACCGUCUUCCAGUGAUGCGGUUCACUGUGCUGUCCACAGAAUCCACCAUCACUCCUCACAUUCCACCCUGUUCCGUAUAGAUCCUAAUUUCUUGUUUCAAUUAUACAUCCUUGAACCCGAGAUCCCUGCAAAAUCUGUUACCAGUCCACUAUACAGUCCUAUGAAGAGUCGCAGGGUAGUCAAUACUUUUAUUUUCUCAGCUUUAACAUGAAUCAGGUAGCCAUGGAGGUCAUUCUGAUAUGUUUAUAUGAAUCAGACGUAUUAAUGUUUAAGAUGGGAAAAGCUGCACUCUCUGCCUUACACACAUGCCUGCCCAUAAGAGCUCCAAAGAAACCACUGAUUUUAUAACAGCGUGAUGUGAUUUUAAU